CUUGCAUUGGGACUUGAAGUGUUGUUGCAUUUUCCUUGGUCUUUAUUGUCAUCUUGGUGUCGCUUGCUCCCUCGCUCUCCCUCCCUUUCUCCCUCCCAGCAUGAUGCACAUCAGACAAAUCCACCCGGGCAUCUCUCUCUGACAGUAGUUGGAAAGGAAGCUAGAUCGAUAAACCAGCCAGCCUUCACUCGAGACAUUGUGUUUCAAAAAAAAAAGGAGGAGGCAGCCAUCUGAUUGUGCUUCCUUUUGUCACUGCGUCUUGGGCUGCUCCUGUUCGUCGUGCCACUCUUUGCGCCAAGGCAGGGCAAGCAGCCCUCCCUCUUCCCCUUGGUCGGCCCCUUGGUCGGUCCCUUUGUCGGCACCUUGGUCGGUCCCUUGGUCGGUCUGCUCUGCAGCGUCUGUCGAGACAUCACCUGAUAUAGUACGGUGGGCAAGGACGAGAGAAGAGACAUCAGUGUGUCUCUGUGGUAUGUAUGUAUGUAUGCAUGUGUGCGGACCUGGCUGCCUCUCUUCAAAUCGGCUCUUGCCCGUGACAUGCUGGAAGACCCAAUCAGUCAUCUUUUGGGCCUCCUCUGCAGACAUGAGUAGGUCCGUUUGAGAACCUCAGAUAUCCAUCAUGCAUGCAGGCGGGCUAGCUACAUGCGAGAGACUCAUUUGGAGGAAGAGCUACCUUCUGAGAAGACCCACUUCGAGUCCCCGGGGUAGAUCAGCUUCUUGCGGUUGAAUCCUCUGCAUCUGAAGAAGUCGCCCGUCUUGGUGGUGAUUGUCACCGUGAAGGCACCGAAGCUGUAGCCGUACUUGAAAAAGUUCUUCUCGCGGCCGGUGAAUUUCUGUAUAUAGAUCGUAACGCACGGGAAGAUGUGGACACAACGCGAGACACGCACACGCAUCUCGUGUGUAAGUGCGGGGAACAUGUGUGCGUGUCGUCUUACGAUGCCCUCCGCGGCCGUGCAGAACGGGAUGUUGUCAACCGAGGUGGUGACACCGGCGCCGCUGCAGAGUUGAUCCUCAGCGUCCUUUGCCCCUUUGCAGUCACCUCGUCCGUGCCCCUUUGCAGGCAGCCGUAUCUCGUUGAUUACGCACACCUGGCCCUUCAAACAUUUGAACGCGCCGGCCUCGUGUCCGUAGGCGUAAUCCUCUGCGACCACCUCCGUCUUGGGCCCCUUCGGAGAAGGGAUGACCCCUAGACGCCCCCUCGAUUUGUCUCCUCCGAGUUGGACUUUCAGGGUGUAGAAGGCAAAGUCGAUUGAACACUCCGGAAGCCGGCCCGUGGCGUGGCCUGCGACGGGCGUGACGCUCGUGACAAAGAUCAGGCAUAAGGCGACAACAAGGGCCCUCGAAAAUGCCAUCUCCGCAGGAAAGGUGC